CCUCAAUUAUGAAUGGUUCGGCCUGGAGCUUUAGGCUGUCUUAGAAGUACAACCGGGUCGUCGUAUCCUUUAUCCACAAUGGGUCCUCCCGGAAGUCAGAUGCUAACAUCACAUGCUGUCGUCGGCACCACAGAAAGUGGUCUGCUUGGAUGCCGUAAGACGCACAUGAAAGAGAGGAAAUGUAGUCUCGUACAUGUACAUCUCGGAAGAGUGAUCAGAUCUCCUUUCCGAUUUGCCUUGUGUGAGCUUUACGAUAUACUUUCCGGGGUGCAUUUUGCCAUCUUUCACGAACAGCCUCUUCCAAGACAGUGGCAUAUCGUGAGAUGGGAGGCUACGACCGCCACUGCUGAGAAAUAUGGAAUCAAAGAGUCAAAAGGUCGCAGCAUCUCUUGACAUCCGAACAGUGUCAAUAUGCUGUGACUGAUAAGUUUAUAUGAGUUACUUUGCUGAAGGAGAGGUGAUAUUAAGAUCUACGCGAUACGUGUAUGAUGAUAUUAAAGAGUAUCUUGCCACAGCAUGACAAUUGGUACCAAAUAUUGUGCAGAGAGAUUGCAAGAAUAAAUUUCCAACUUGCGACGGUAGGGUACUCACUCAUUCAGUACCUGUUGUGCAAACUUUCAUCGAUAGCUUUUAAUUUAUG